AUGGAGUCAUGGGCUGAAUUUAUACUCAGUUUAUUGGAGGAAGUUGUUCAGAAGCCAACUAUUUUGAUUGGAAACUCUGUUGCAACUUGCAAGCCUCGCUUGUGUCAUCGCUGCCUCAGAGGUCCUUGGGGUGCUCUUUCACCGAUGCCUGAGAUCAAUGCCUCUUGCAGUUUAUGCGAGAAUACACAGGAAAAGUCGAUGAACUCAUAA